CAUCCAACGAUGUAUUGAAUCAAUGAUGCACUCAUCAUUUGCUUUGACAACACGUCACAUAUCGGCCGAUCGAUGUCGUUCGAUCAAUGUCCAUGCUCAUGUCGGCACGGGAUAAGGAAGCAGCGUAUGCAGGUGCACAGGAACGUUGGGAAAACGGACCUAUCUGCAGAUUGGUCACUCACGUCACGAACUCUGCAGACUGACUCCAUACUUACUAUACAACAACCCCACAACCGACCGCUGCGCUCUGCACCAGUCGUCGCAACAACUGCUCCACACCAACUAUAUAUACGAUGCAGUCCGUCCUCGCGUCUUGGUCCCACGAGCCGAGACCAAAACAAAGAGGACUCAGUGCUUGCCUUGCAUCAGUGCUUGCAUCCGCAGCCCUUCUUCGCAGCAAUGGUCUCUCGCCACUCGGCAUUCUCCCGCCACUCUGACCCGUCGGCAUAGAUCUCUCUCUUCCAGAUCGGUGCGCGGGCCUGAUGCACACACACAGACAGACAUGCAGGCAGGCACAAAUGGUUGAUGUCGGCUGGCUGAUGGUUCUGUCGCCUACCUUGAUCUCGUCGAUGACGUAUCGGCAGCAGUCCAUCGCGUCGGCACGGUGCGCAGAUGACACGGCAAUGUUCACACCUGCACACAUACACAGACGGCAUCUUCAUCCUGUUGUGUGCGUUGUGUUGUGUGUGACCCUCUCUCCGCUCACCCACCUGACUGGCCGAUAGGGCACGAGCCGAGCUUGUGCUCCACGGCAAUUCGACGCACCUGCGGCCACUUGGCCUGCGCCUCCGCACACACCUCUGCAAUGGUCUUCUCGGCCAUCGGCGCAUAAGCCUCGUAAUCCAGCGCCGUCACCUCCUUGCCGCCAGAGUGGUUGCGCGUGGUGCCCAUGAAGGACGCCACAGCGCCGCACGAACCAUCCUCCACCUGCUGGAUGACACUCUCGAGGUGGAGCGGAUCUUCCCGCAGACAGAUGUGGGGAGGCAGUUGUGCACCAGUGCCGUUGGUGACGCUCUCUGCAGCCGACAUCGAAAGAAGUUUGGCGCUCGCCAGGCGUCG